UUACCGUCAGAUCUCUCUCAAUAUUUCGAUGACAUUUGGGGGUGCCAAGUCACCCGUUAACGAAGUAAGAAAUCAUUUGGAGAGAGAGAGGGGGGUGGGUCCAAUUCUUAAUCUCCUUGACCGCAUCAAGCAUAGGCAUCAAUGAGCUCUGGCCCCUCUGCAUCAAGGCCCCAUGGUCCCAAUUGUUCCCAGCUCCAUUUGGCCCAAAAACAAAGGUUAUCAGGCCUGAAAAUUCGACGAAUAGAACAUGUUCUCAGGCUAUCCAUGGUGCCUAGUUCAAGGUCCACCAACACAGCUCUUGGAACUUAGUGGCCUCUGCUCGCUUCAUUGUAAUAAACCUUCACUCUCUCUAUCUACAAUAGAGAGUCUCCUUUGUAUGCACCAGUAGUGUCGACGCCAUGUUCAUCGCAGAAAACCUCCCAAAACUUGCCGCUAAUUUGGUUUCUACAUUGCUGUGCUUGGAUAUGGAGGCUUUCUCUAAUUGGGGGAUCUGAGGCACCGCAACGCAUGAUGAUGGUUAGUCUAUCCCAAUUGCUUCCUAAUAAUACUUCACAAAUCUCUUUUUCCAAAAGAAGCUGCUCUCUUCUGUCUAACAAAACUUCAUUUGUUCCCUCAAGCUUCCAUCUUCUAAAACAACACACAACCACCUGCAAAUCAACUCCAAAACCCAAUCCCCCAAUCUCGCUUGCUCUCAAACCCAUUCCUUACCGCCCACUAGACAACUUGGUUAAGAAGAAGAACAAGCUGAGGUUCAUAACCAAGCUAAAGACCCUCCUCCUGUCCAAACCCCAACAUUUUCUUUCUCUACACACUCUCUCCAAAUGUCUCCCUUAUCUUGGUAUCCCUCGUCGCCGCCUCCUCCUCAUGAUCAGACGCUACCCCUCCAUCUUCCACCUCUUUCAUAACCCAGACUCCUCUCAUUCUCUCUCAGUCACUCUCACGCCUGCUGCCUUUGAGCUCUAUGCCCAAGAAUCAUCUCUCAAAGCCCAAAUAGAAGGCCAACUUGUCCUUAAGCUGCGCAAGCUACUUAUGCUCUCACAACACAGGCGCCUACUUCUCUCUAAGCUUGUCCAUCUUGGUCCUGACCUUGGCCUCCCCAUUGACUUUCGCUCUAAACUCUGCCAAAAAUACCCCCAAUACUUCAAAGUCAUAGAUACCAGCUAUGGUCUAGCCUUAGAGCUUGUGUCUUGGGACCCAAUUCUUGCAACCCCAAUCCCACAAAAGAGAAGAGCUAGGGAUGAUCUCAUUAUAGACCGGCCUCCAAAGUUCAAACAGCUGUGGUUGCAAAAAGGGUUGAAUUUGAAGAGAAAGCAUAGGGAUUACUUGUUUAAGUUUGAGGAGAUGAAUCAAGUCUCCCCUUAUUCAGAUGCCAAAGAGUUUAAGCCCUUUACAAUGGAGGCUGAGAAGAGAGCAUGUGGGGUGGUCCGUGAGGUGUUGGGCCUCACAAUGGAGAAGAGGACCUUGGUGGAUCAUUUAACACAUUUUAGAAAGGAUUUUGGAUUACCAAAUAGGUUGAGGGCUAUGCUAGUGAGACAUCCCGAGAUGUUUUAUGUAUCCCUCAAAGGACUGAGGGACUCUGUGUUUUUGACAGAGGCUUAUGAGAGGAGGGAGUUGUUGGACAAGGAUGAGCUUUUGGGUGCUAAAGAGAGGCUGAUGGAACUGGUUAGGGAAGGGAAGAGGAUGAAGAGAGAGAAACUUUAUGGUGGUGGUGAUGGGGAUGGUGAAGAUGAUGAAGCUGAUUAUGGUGAUAGUGAUGAUGUUGACGAUGAUGAUGAUGGAUUUGGUUUUAGAGAUUUAUGGGAGUCUGGAAUUGGGGAGGAUUGGCAAGAGGUCAUUGAAGAGGAGGAAGAGAAUGUUUAUGAGAUUGGAGAGUUUUGGAGUGUGAAAAAGUUAGAGGGUGGUGGAUCAGUUGACAAUCCAUGGUGAGAUUUUUCUUUCGCUACUAAUGUGUAUAAUACAUUGUAGAAGAAGCGAAUGAGGUCAUUAAGGACUUCUCUGUAAUUUUACUAGCUGUUUGGCUGUGUUAGGCAUUAUGCUGCUAAACAGAAAUGAAGCAUGGCACAGGAGAACUGUAAUUUGAAACAUUAACUCGAGGCAAUGGUUAAUUAUAGUGCUCUAAUGCUAAGAUGCAAAUCCAAGCCUUGAGAUUUUGCAUCUCUUCAUCUUAAUCAUUUGACCUGGGCUCGAUAACAGGCUUCCUUGAGCAGGAAAAAUGAACUACAACCUAGUUCAUCUCAGAACUUUAUGUUAUUUGAGAUCCAGCUUUCCUCAAUGAGAAAAUAUGCUAGAGAAACCUUUUAAAGGUGUUAUGUAGUCUAUGAGGACCUCAUUUGUGCAACCAACAAUAAAUAUAGAGCGAUUCAAUAUGAUACUUUUUUUUCCCUUUUUUGACAAUAAAUCUAACAGUUGCAUUGUUGGUUGUUCAUUAGCACUUAUCCUUCAUGGUUACUAAUUCCUUCAUUAGUGCUUAUCACUUCCAAUGAAUAAAGAG